CGAGUCCAUAGCUUGUUUCACACUCCUCUUUCCCAUUGUAGAGGCGCCGCCGUUACCAUUUCUAACUAUCAUCAGUUGUCUCGCCUAUAUCCUUGUGUUGUGUUGUUGUGCUCCUGACGCUGCAACAGCAGCUACCUGAGCUCAACUGUUACCUCGAUGGAGAAGGCCACGUCGUCGUGGUUCCAUGUGCAAGCGGCAGCGGCGGCGGCGGUGCCGGAUCUGUCGCUGGCGUUGUCCUCAGAGGACAGCAGCCAAGACCGGGACGAGGAGGUUGCACCGACGGCGCGCGUGGACGGCAGGACGGUGCGGCUGUUCCAGUGCCUCUUCUGCGACAAGGCGUUCCUCAAGUCGCAGGCGCUCGGCGGCCACCAGAACGCCCACCGCAAGGACCGCCUCGCCGGCUUCCUCUGCGACCCCUACAACAACAACGACAGCCCAUCCAGGGGCGCCGCCGUCGCGGGGGCGUCCACCAGGAUGACCUGCGAUUCAAGCGCCGGCCGGUCCAUGUGCACUUCCGUCGCCUCGCACGGCGGUGGCGUGGAGGCGGCGCUAGCCUCCGAUGCCUGCAAGCCAGAGAGGUGGGGGCGAGGCGGUGGCGCUCCACGCUUCGCGGAGCACACGCUGCUCCAGGACCCGUUCGCUGUCCGCGACGGCAUGGCGGGCUGGUCAAGGGCCUCGUUCGCAAGUGGCGCCGGCGAGACUCUGGACCUGGAGCUGCGCCUCUAGCCAGGCUGCUCUCAUGUUGCGCAGUGACCUAAUUAAAGCAAGAUUUGAGGAGUUUCCAUCUGGAAGCUGAAGAUGCUGUAUAGUAAUCUGAGGGAGUCCUCGGCUAUUUUGUAUGCAUAGCUAGUUAAUUCAAGGAAGACUUGAGGAGUCCGGACGCUGAAGAUGGCGAGACGACAUGAAUAUGCAUGGGCAUGCCUGCAGCUGCGCAAGGAUUGCAAACUGAAAAAGAAUUCGGAUUGUUGGAAGAAAACUGUCUUUAGGUUGUCUUUCUGUACUGUAAUAAGCAGUAGAUGAGUACUGCUUUAUUGGUCGUUUCCACCCCUACUAAUUUUAUACGUAAUGAACUAGGUUAUGGCGCUUGUUAAUGGAAA